AUGGUGUACCUGGCUGAUACAGCAGCCACGUGCUCCAUGUUCCGAUGCGCAAACGCGUUCGUGAACUACCGCGAGUGUAGUGGUUGGGUCAAGGAGAUCGGAGGCAACAAGGCCCCCGUUCCUCUCCUAGGGUACGGAGACGUGACCGUAAUCCUUCUGACCGUAGGCGGUAGGGUACCAGUGCUAAUCCUGAACGCCGCUCAUGUGCCCGAGUCCCCCCACAACCUUCUCUCACUGUCGGCGUUGGCCGAGGAAGGCCACACGUAUUCCGGCCAGAAGGGGGGGCUGACUCUCACUACGAGAGCCGGGGGGAAGGUGUGGUUCCCCCGGACGGGUAAGCUGCUAACUCAAGAAGGCUAUCAAAUCGAGCCGAAGCUGCGNGCUGGGCGAGCGACGCUGCCGGUGCAAGAGAAGGCGCCGGCGGCACCCGACAACGGGACCGGCGACGCUGGUUCGGGCGUCCCCCUGUCGCCUCCUUCGGGAGGAGGCGNCCCGCCGGGCCGCGAAGGGCGUCGGCUCCUCUGGGGCGCCUCGAAGGAAGGACCGCUGCGCCACGGGCUCGAGCGCGGCCGCACACGAAGGGAGACCCGGGAGCUGCAAGGCCCCGAGGAGCCGCCGGGUCCAGACGCCGAGCCAGACGCCGAGCAAGCGCUGCUGGCGGAGAUCAUCGUGGACUACGUUUCCAACUCGCUGGUGCGGGAGCGGUACGACGAGGAGCAGGUCAACAUCGAGUACCGGCGUGAGAUGCAUGAGCUGCCGUACGGCACCGAGCAGCAGGAGGAGGCGUUCGGUGCAGAGGCAGGAGACGACAGGUCAUCGCAACCUCUUCAUGACCCGCAGCUAAGGCCGAAGAGAGACGACGAGUCCUCGGUGGACAAGCCCGUGAGGGAAGCGAUCGGAUGCCUGAUGUGGUUGCUGUUCACGAGGCCGGACAUCGCGCUGCCUUUGAACAAGCUGCAGAAGAUCGCCCACUCACCCACCGAGAGGAUGUGGAACGCGCUUGUGCGGAUCAUGUCCUACCUCAACGAGACGAAGGACCUCGGGAUCACCUACGUCCGCGGAUCAGGGCUAGACCUAGACGUGUUCGUCGAUUCUAGUUACGCCGACAGCACCGUUGACAGGCGUUCGACGACGGGGCUAGCCGUGACUGUAGGUGGGACCGUAGUGUGCGCAUCCACGAAGACACAGCCAGUGACGGCUCAGUCGACCACGGAGGCAGAGUAUAUUGCAGCCGGGGAGGGCGUGAAGGAAGCGUUGUUCGUGCGUGGUGUUCUGUCGUUCAUUGCCCCCGAGACGAGCGGUACCACGAUGAGGGUCCGUGAGGACAACGAGGGGGCUCUCGCGUUGGUGCAGAACCCUUUCAGCUCGGCGAGGAGCAAGCAUAUCGACGUNGGGGAGGGCGUGAAGGAAGCGUUGUUCGUGCGUGGUGUUCUGUCGUUCAUUGCGCCCGAGACGAGCGGUGCCACGAUCAGGGUCCGUGAGGACAACGAGGGGGCUCUCGCGUUGGUGCAGAACCCUUUCAGCUCGGCGAGGAGCAAGCAUAUCGACGUGCGGUUCCACUUCAUCCGCGAGCUCUUCAAGGCGGGCAAGAUCACCGCAGAUGAUGUCUCGACAGAAGAGCAGCACGCCGGUAUGCUGACCAAGGUCCUUGGUAGGGGCAAGUUGGAGUACCACCGGAAGGCUCUGAUGAACCUGCCGAUGUAG